UCCGCUUCCGGCCGGGGAAGCGGGGCCUCCGGAUUGGGGGGAAAAGAAAAAUGGCUGGAAUGGGACUCUGCAACUGUGGAGGAACCGCCGGGGAAGGUCCUCGCGCUCCGUCGGGAAGCCUUUAGCUGCCAUGUCCCUCUCUCCCGCCAUGUUGCCCUGCAAGAAGAGGAAAACCGUCCGGAUGGAUCCCUUUUCCGAAGCCGAGCCUGUUCCGACCGAGGCAUCUCCUUCAGAUGGCUCCCUUUUGCCAAAGCCAGAGACCGAACAGGAAGACGGAGAAGUUCCUCCUACUGUGAAAUCCCUGGGGGGUGCGCAGAGUGUCGAUUCGCUCCAAGAAGUAAAGGCGGAAACUGACAAGACGGCCCUUUUUAUUUCAGUGGAUGAACGAGAAGGAGGGAAAAAAAACAGGCGGAAGGGAGUUAAAAGGAAAUGGGAUGGGAAGUCAGCCGAGGAAGACGAAGGAGGAGGAGGAAGAACUUUAGCUUGUGACCUCAAACUGGACGACACCCUGGACCGGACGUUGGAAGACGGGGCGAAGCAGCACAAUUUGACGGCCGUCAACGUGCGAAACAUCCUCCACGAGGUCAUCACCAACGAGCAUGUGGUGGCCAUGAUGAAAGCAGCCAUCAGCGAAACGGAAGACGCCCCUGUCUUCGAGCCCAAAAUGACACGGUCCAAGCUGAAAGAAGUGGUAGAGAAAGGGGUGGUGAUUCCAACCUGGAAUAUUUCUCCCAUCAAGAAAGCCAACGAAGUGAAGCCCCCUCAGUUUGUGGACAUCCCUCUUGAGGACGAUGAUUCGUCGGAUGAGGAAUACCAGCCGGAAGAAGAUGAAGAGGACGAAACGGCGGAGGAGUGUUUAUUGGAGAGCGAUGUGGAAAGCAACAGCUCAUCCCCGUGGGGCGCCAAGCGCUCUCGUUCGAGACCGUCGGAGACGGUGGAGACGGACGAGGAAGGAGUGGCCCCCUUGGAGGCCGAGAAGGGCUGCCCCCCUCCCGUCCAGCAACACGUCAGUGCCAAAGUCACUCCCAUGGGCCCGCCCCCGCCCCCCAAGCCGAAGCAAAACAAGGACACCGUGUUCAUGGAGAGGCUGCACGCCGUCGACGAGGAACUGGCCUCCAGCCCCGUCUGCAUGGAUUCCUACCAGCCUUUGGAAGACAGCUUAAUCGCCUUCCGCACGCGCUCCAAGCGGCCGCUGAAGGACGUGCCUCUCGGUCAGUUGGAGGCUGAGCUUCGCGCUCCGGACAUCACGCCGGACAUGUACGACCCCAACACAGCGGAUGACGAGGAGUGGAAGAGGUGGCUGGGUGGCUUGAUGAAUGACGACGUGGAAAACGAAGAUGAAGCUGAUGAUGACGAUGAUGACCCCGAAUACAAUUUCUUGGAAGAUCUGGACGAACCGGACACGGAAGACUUCAGGAAUGACCGUGCCGUCAGGAUCACAAAGAAAGAAGUCAACGAGCUGAUGGAGGAACUGUUUGAAACGUUUCAGGAUGAAAUUGGCUUCCCCAACAUAGAGGACGAUGGACAGGAGGACGAAGAUGGCGCUGCUGAGGCCCGGCCCAAUUUUAAUACCCCCCAGGUGCUCAGGUUUGAGGAGCCCCUGGCCAACUUGCUGAACGAGCAGCACCGGACGGUGAAGGAACAGCUGGAGCAGCUGCGGGUGAAGAAGUCCACCGUCAAGCUGCCCCAGGAGAUGGAGCGGUCCAAGCUGCGGAACGAGAAGGCGGCCCAGAGCCUGGCGCUGGACCCCGGGCAGAGGAAGAGGCUGCAGCAGCAGAUGCAACAGCACGUCCAGCUUCUGACCCAGGUUCACCUCCUCUCCAGUUGCAACCCCAGCCUGAGCUCGGAGGCCAGCACUGCCCAGCUCUUCCUGACCGAGUUGGAGAGCUUUGCCCAGAGUUCCCUGCUCCUCAAUCAGCCUUCCAGCCCCGGAUUCCAGACUUCUUUCCAGCCUUUCAACUUGAAGGAAUCUCUGCAGCUGAUCAAGGACUUCCACGCUCAUGUCAAGGUCGAGUGGAGCCCUCGCAAAGCUGUGAAAAAGAACAUGAACAAUUUUGCUUGCUUGCCCAAGCAAGUGGCCUGGAUCCUAGCCACCCAGAGAGUUUUCCUGUACCCAGAACUGCUGCCCACCUGCUCCUUCAAGGCCAAAACACCCCGGGAUAAGAUUGUGUUCACCAAAGGGGAAGAUAACUUGUUAGCGCUGGGCCUGAAGCACUUCGAAGGCACCGACUUCCCCAAACCCCUCAUCAGUAAGUACCUCUUGACCACCAAGACGGCCCACCAGCUGACGGGACGGAUCAAGAACCGUAACAUGAACCGCGUCCCUGACAACAUCAUCCGAUACUACAGAACUACGAAGCAGCUUCCGGUUUUGUCCCGGCUUUGCGGGGAAGUUCAACCUGGAGAUUGGAAGCCGCCCGCAGAACAGGAAGAGCAUCGCUUGCCGUUCUGGUUAAAAGCCAACCUGCCCUCCAUCCAAGAGGCCACAGAGCAGCAGCGCACUAGAGAGGCCUCCCGGGGCCCCGACGCGGAUCCCAAGGCAGGACGCGACACGGCCAGUCCCGCUAACCUUGAAUGCCCUCUGCGCAUGCCGGAGGGCAUCCAGCUGAUCCUGAGGCCCCUGAGCAGCCACUUUUGCCACCGGAUCUGGCGAUGGCAGCGACCGGCCGUUGCCAAACCCUUCCUGGUCCAGCCGAGCCUUUGUUUGCCCCCGGCCGGGGCGGGCGGCUUCCUCAAGCAGCCCCCGCCUGCAGCAGCCCCCGGCAAAUUAGCGACUCACGUCUCCCCUUUAUCCCAACCGGCUUCGCUCGUCCAGCCGUUGUCGGCCGUGCCCUCCGGACUGGGCAGCGGCCCCCCGUUGGAGCUGCAAGGCGUGCUCUCCGCUAAGCAGCCGUACUUGGCUCCCGCCCUGGCCCAGAACAUGGUCUCUUCUCUGCCGGUUGCUUUCCAGUCUAAAAUGAUCCUCCCGGCUCUGCCCGCCAGCCGGGUCCGGAAGUCUCCCCUCCCGAGGGGGUCCCAGAAGCAGAAGACCCCCUUGCUGAAAGCUGCCCCCGUGCUUCACCCGGCCCCCGUCAUCUUCACCGUCCCCGCCGGGACGGUCAAAGUGCUGGGCAUCGCCAACGGCUGUAACGUGCUGCAGCCCCUGUCGGCCGCUCCCAGGGCCGCCGUCUCUGCCCCCCAGUCCAUCCCCAUCACCACGCUGCUGGUCAACCCCACCCCCUUCUCCUGCCCACUCAGGCAGCCCUUGGCGGCUUCCCCUGCCCUGCCCUUAGUGGUGGCCUCCAGUCCGGGCCCGGCGUCUGCCCUGGGCAAAGAUUCGGAGAUGGCCGCUCAGCCGGGCAGCCACUUGGCGUCCGGCGGGGACGCUGCAGAUCCCGUCAAGGCCAAGCUCAAAACGGACUCGGAAGAAGGCCCAGGAGAAGCUGGUGGCCCGUGGUCCUCCGAUCACAACUCGGGGGUCCAAACAGAACCUCCCGUCCAGAGUUACGUGGAGGUGGGGGAAGGCAGAGUUGCUGAGGGCUUAGCCCCCGCUGCCUUCUCCCCCUUGGUGGAGUUAGGAGAGCUGGUCAAGAUGGACGUGGAAGGCUCGCAGGAGACCCCUCCUUCAGAAGCAGCCUCUGUUCCUCCGGCUUCAGAAGGCUCCCCCGUGAAAGAGGGGUUGAUUUUGGACCUUGGGCAGGGCCUGGAGGCCGAGCCGGCCCCGGGGAGCCAACCCAGGAACCAACAUGAGGAAGAGGAAGAAGAGGAGACCGUCAACUCAGCAGGCCUACAAGCAGCGUCUUCAGCAGAAGAAGGGAGUCAUGCUUCCCCAGCAAACUUCAGCAGCUCCGUGGCGGCUGCGUCGGAGCCCAGCAGCUCCGUGGGAAAGGGGGAGGAAGUGGCCGGAGCGGGGGACCGCCCUGAAGGGGCAGCGUCAGCCGGCCAGGAAGGAGGAGGCGAGAAAGACGGGCUGGAAGAAGAGGAAGAGGAGGAUUUUGAUGACUACAUCCCGGAUGAGGAAGACGAAAUGUCUUCAGCUUCGGAGGAGUCGGUGCUGUCGGUGCCAGAGCUUCAGGAGACCAUGGAAAAACUGACGUGGCUGGCCUCCGAGAGGCGGCUGAGCCAGGAGGGGGACUCGGAAGAGGAAAACUCGCAGGAAGAGAACUCGGAGCCGGAGGAGGAAGAGGAGGAGGAGGAGGAAGGUGAAGGAGAACCUGUGGAGAACCGGCAGAAGGAGGAUGAAAUGGCUGACGAGGCUGUGGGUCCGGGAGACGGGCCGGCCUCCUCUCUCGCUUCAACCUGCACCGUGCCGACGGUGGAGGCCAGUAGCAUUCCUCCAGGAGAGAACCCCAAAACCACCACCAAGAGCCGAGGCUCCCACCGAGCCCGAGCCAAGCGGGGCCGGGGCCGCACCAGCAAAGAUGCCUCCAAGCUGCUGCUCCUCUACGAUAACAACAUCCUGGAGAGAGACCCACUGCGCGAACAGAAGGACUUCGCUUUCGCCCAGGCUUACCUGAAUAGGGUCCGCGAAGCCCUGCGCCUCGUUCCGGGCAAAUACGAAGAAUUCCUCCGCAACAUUUAUGAAUUUGAGAACAACUUGCAGAAGCAGACGGCUGUCGACCUCUACGCCCGGUUGCAAAUCCUCCUUCAGGAUUGGCCUCAACUGUUGACCGACUUUGCGGCCUUCCUGUUGCCCGAGCAAGCGCUGGAGUGCGGGCUGUUUGAGGAACAGCAGGCCUUCGAGAAGAGCCGGACGUUCCUUCGGCGGUUGGAGAUCUGCUUUGCUGAGAAUCCGUCCCACCACCAGAAGAUCAUCAAGGUGUUGCAGAACUGCGCAGAAUGUGUCCCGCAAGAGAUCGUGGAACUGAAGAACCAGAUGUGGCAGCUGCUGAAAGGACACGAUCACCUGCAGGACGAGUUCUCCGUCUUCUUCGAUCACCUGCGCCCCUCGGCCAGCCGCCUGGGGGAUUUUGAAGAAAUCAAUUGGACGGAGGAGAAAGAAUACGAGUUCGACGGGUUUGAAGAAGUCUCGCUGCCAGACAUGGAGGAAGAGGAGGAGCCCCCCAAAGUCCACGCCGCCUCGAAGAACAAGAGACGGAAGGAGCUGGGGAGCCAGAAUGCCGAGAAGGUCCCCUUUCAGGAGGCCGAGUGGCUGGACGGGCACAAGGACUGGUGUGGCUCCUGCCACGAGGGCAGCGGGGACCCCCGGCUAAAGCGGAGCAAGCGACGGAGUUGCGCCCACUGCUGCAGCAAGGUGGGAGAGCCCAAAGGCCCCAGAAGCAAAGAGCCGGGCGAGUUGGCCGAGGGCCGUGGGCAGCGGGAGCCCAGCCCUCGGCUGGAAGGGAAGGAGCCCCCCGAGGGCAGCGCGGAGAGGAGGGACGAUGGGGAAGCCGUCCCCGGCAGGAUCAGAGCUGCCAGCCGGAAGGGCGAGUCGGCCGGAGGAGGUGCUCGCCCGGAAGGGAAGCCCCUUUCGUCCAGAGAUGCCCCCCCGGAGGGUCUUCUCCCACCGGCUGGCAAAGCCCCGGAGUCCUCUCCUCCCCCUGCCCCUCCCUGCCCUCCAACCGGGGGCGAGCCCGCCAGGAAUUCUCCCGUGACUGCGCCGCUGCCUCCGAGGGGGGCCAGCCCCCCCAAGCCCCACCGGCUGAAAAGCAGCCUGGGCCCCACGGAGGGCAAAAGAGAGGUGGGACUCGGCCCCAGGAGCGGGGAGCCACCUGCAGCCCCCAAGCCAGACCGUUCGGAGACCGGAAGCCCUUCCAACGCAGCCAGGCCAAUUCCUGGUUCUGCUCCCUCCCUCGUUCCUUCUGGGUUGGAUCUCACGGAGGCAGACGUCCAGCCCCCCUCGGUGAGCCCAAAGGCCAAAGCAAGGGAGAUGCUGUCCGUGGCCUCGGAAGACCUCGCCCCAAAGGCUUUGGGGGCGAGCGAGAGCCUGCCGGCUCCACAGGAGAUCCCCGCAGCCGCCAGCCUGCAGGCCGCGAACCCAACCGGGAAACCAUCCGAGGGAGGGGAUGUCCAUUCGCACAAGGAAGAGGGGUUGACCCCGGUGGCAGGGGAAGACCCUCAGCAGAGGACCAUCGAACCCACCGUGUGUGCCAAGAACAUCAAGGUCAGCUCGACGGGGGAAAAAGUGGUCUUGUGGACCAGGGAAGCUGACCGGGUGAUCCUGACCACCUGCCAGGAGCGAGGGGCUGAUCCGAAGACUUUCAGCGCCAUCUCCGAACAGCUGGGCAACAAGACCCCAGAUGAGGUGGCCCACCGUUUCCGCGAACUGAUGACCUUGUUCCACACGGCCUGCGAGGUCAGCUCGGACGACGAGGAAGACGGCAUGAGCACCAGCAACGCCGAUCAGCUUUCCGACAAAGAGCCCGCCCUGUCGGAGGACGACCCGGAAGAACCGGGCUUUUAAUCCGGGUCAAGCCCUCCUCUCUGGCAGAGAGGAACGUUUGGGGGGGGGUCUGGCCGUGCGUUUUGGCCCACCUUCGCUCUGCAGCUCCCUUUUGCGACCCCGAAGAUUGGCCGGUUUUUAAUUCCCCCCUGCGAAAGAUGGAGGGGAGGAAAAAACCAACCAUCUCUCGGCUCUGUAAAUAUAUAUUUUUUUUAAAGUAGGAAAUGUAUAAAUUAACGGGGAUGGGGGGCUGAAUAUUUAUUGAGCGUGGUAUUUUAAAGAAUUAAAGCAGACCGUCGAGGCGGCGUUUCCUC